CGCAUGCGCUGAUUUUAGGACAGAAAUCAUGAUUGGCAGUUUACUGUUUUACGCACUCUAUCCUCUAUCACAGUACUUCACCAGUCGACCCUCAGGGGGCACAAAAAAGGGUCUCUCUCCUGCAGUGGUCAAUGGCACGGCAGUUUGGAAUGGUGAUGCUGUCACAGUCAGAUUCGCAAAGUCUCAAACACCCCUGCUGGAUCAGUGGGAAGAAACAAAGGGUGAGACAAAAGAAAGGGUAAAAGUACAAGACAGGGAACAAGACAGCAACACAAAGCCUAACACGAACAAGGAGCCACUGACAGCUGAUCUGCUUGAAGCUAAAAAGAAUAAUCCAGCUUUAAAGAUGAGUUUGGUGCAUUCUGCAUUACAGGAAGCAGUAGAAGCUCUCAAACAUGUGAAUGGUGAAGUAUCUCCACUUGAGAAGAACAUGCAGGAAACUACCUGUGCCGUUCAGGAACAAAUACAGAUACAAACGUUGGAUGUGUCAGUAACUCCACCUAAGGACAGCAUGAAUAAUAGGUCAGCAGAGGAACAACUCAAAACCCCAAACAUGAAAGAGUCACAGACUCCAGCUAAAACUACAUCUCAAGUAAGUGAGUGCUGGGAUGAAUAUGUAAUUACCGUUGCAAAUGCAACUUCUGAUGGAUUGGGCAGCUCUGAGACUGUAUUUGCCUCACUCCUCGCCAACACUGAAAACCAUCUUAAACUUGAUAAGCAACACAACAGACAAACUGGAUGGCACUUCCCUGUGGGGCCCGGUUUAUCACAAGAAGUACAGUGCCCUCUGUGGCACUUUCCUGCUGCAAGUUAUUACCCUCAAAUGCAGUCCACAAUGCCCUUUGAAGUUAUGUGGAGAGUGUGGGAUGAGUUGGAGGAAGGUGCUGCUGAAGCUGAGCCUUCCUUGAUACCCUUUCCAUUUAAAAAGGCCUCAAUAGUUUUCACCGUCAUGUCCUACAACAUCCUUGCUCAGGACCUAUUGGAGUUAAACCACCAGCUGUACAUACACUGCCCCCCGGAGGUGCUGGACUGGAGCCACCGCUGCAGUCUGCUUCUUGAAGAAAUAAAUAAGUGGGCACCAGAUAUAUUAUGUCUUCAAGAGGUUCAGGAGAAUCACUACAAGAAUAAACUGCAUCCUGUUCUUUCUCAGAUGGGCUACACCUGUGUGUACAAGAGGCGCACAGGUACCAAGACAGAUGGCUGUGCUAUUUGCUAUCGCAGCAGCUGCUUCUCUGAAGUCACAGUCACUAAGUUGGAGUUCUUCAGACCUGAAACAAAACUGCUAGACCGGCACAAUGUGGGCAUUGUUCUGCUGCUUAGGCCAGUGGUCACCCAAGGAGCAGAAGGGAAGGACAAGGGCCCACUCCUGUGUGUGGCCAACACACACCUACUCUUCAACCCCAGGAGGGGUGAUGUUAAGCUAGCUCAGUUAGCAAUAAUGUUGGCAGAAAUUGACACUGUGGUCAAGUCCUACAAGGCCAAAGGUGAACAUUGUAAUGUUAUAUUGUGUGGAGACUUUAACUCUCUUCCACAUACGCCUCUGUACCAGCUGAUUACCACCAGCAAGCUCUAUUUUCAGGGACUGCCAGCAUGGAUGAUAUCCGGUCAAGAAGACCUGUCAUACAAGCCCACUUGUUACAGGCUGUUUGCUCCUUUGUGGUCCAGAUCUCUGGGAAUCACUGAUACCUGCCGGUACACCACUGUCAGCAAUGUGUUUGAGAGACGGAAUAAGAAAUCAGGGAAAUGCAAGUACAGCCAUGACUUCAUGCUGCAGCUGCGCUAUUGUCCAGCAGCGUGUGUCCGUCCUCAGGACCUGGAGCUGAUUCCAGGAGUGACUGAUAACACGCCAGAUCUUUCAAGCGAAGAUGAGCACUUUGAUAAAAGGUUCAGUCAAAGUUUCAGACAUACUAUCAGACAUCAUUUAGACCUGGAGUCGGUCUAUAAACAUGUUCUACCUGGCUCUGGCGCUCCAGAGAUUACUACCCUGCACUCUGAAGGGGGAGCUACUGUCGACUACAUCUUCUAUUCCCCAAAACGCACCGUUGCCUCUAAAGAAAAAGCUGAUGGGGAGUUUGCAAGUGAAGGUCUGGAGCUUAUUGGCUCUCUCUCUCUCCUGUCUGAGGAUGUUUUAUGGUCAAUGAAUGGACUUCCCAAUCACAUAUUUCCCUCUGACCAUCUCAGUCUGAUUGCCCGUUUCCAACUGGACUUUAUUCAUUAAUGUGAAGAGGAAGAUGAUGGUAAACAUGCCCCCCUCUGGGUCCUAAAUGCCUGUGUUUAUACAACUUUUUAUAGGAAAGUAGAAGUUGGAUUUCUUAGUGUUUGGUUAGACAAUAAGCAUGCUGUGCCAGAUAAUUAAAAAGUCAUUGUCUUUAAACUUUCGUAGAAGGCACAGGGUUAGGUCUUCAUAGUUAUUGCACAAUAGACUCUGAACAUAUUUAUAUCACAUAACAAGUUUUUGUACAUUUAUAGAAUGAUGAAACAAAGUGCAGAUAAGUAUAACUGUACAGAAGCCUUAGACAUGUCCUGGUAUACAUUUAUACUGGAACUUACACAAGUGUUCAGAAAGCAAAAUACCUCUUUUGUUGAAAGAAAGAUUGUAUUUCUUCAUAAUUUCAGGUUUUUUACAGGUUUGGAUUGAUCCAUCUGUGCACACAUCACAGCAGAAAAGAGUUGCAUCGUCUUUUAAUUUUUUAUUUUUCCCAUACAAGCAAUCUCCAUGUGAGGGGAUGUUUAAGAGAACUUACCUAUUAUUAUGUUCAGCUAAGUAACAAUUCAGAGAUUUCUCAUAGUUGUUGUAGUUACAUUGAAUGGAAAAAAAUUAUUGAUGUGAGCAGCAAAACAAGUAUUUUAAGUGUGUAUUUUCAAAAAGAAACAAGUCUCAGAUUGCCUUAUGAUUUACAAACUAUACAAGAACAAAGGACAAAGCAACUGCAGCAGUAGGGAGUGAGAAAUGAAUGC